AUGAGAACAGGGUGUGGCAUGCUUACGUUUCACAGCUAAACUGCACUGCGGAGCUGAGUAACGUCAUACUUUUUCACAGCCUCCCAGCAGCCACAAAGGCAACACCAGCUCAGCUUUAGCUCAGCUGGUGUGAGAUGUGCUUUCAUCAAAGUGCAAGUCUGUAAAAAAACAAAGCUAAUAGGAAAUAAUUAGCUGAGUUUUUACACACUUUCACUGUGCUGAACGCACGUCUUUACACACAGCUGAGGACGAAGAUGACGGACACUUUAGCAGAGACUGAAAAGAUUAGUCACCAAGUUAAAUCAGCAUUAAAUGGUGCCUACAAAGAAGAUGGCUGUGUGGAUCUUACUAAAGCUGCCAGUGUUGUAGAAAGGUAUUCUGGUACCCCGAUUCCUCUUGUGAAACCAAAGAGCUAUCAUGUGAGAGUGUGCGGGCAGGACGACACAGUUUACGCUGGAAAUGAGGAUCAGCUGGAAGCUUGGGAAGAUCACUACCUGCCAGAGAGGAUGGCGAUGAAGGUGAUCGGUGCUAUUGAUGACUUCCCAUGUGAGGCAUAUGAUCGCCAGUUGGUCCUCUUGCUGUGUGAAGAUGGAAACAUCUACGCCUAUGAAGAUGAAGUUCUGCACCUUGUAGCCAGAAGUUUAAAGGAGCUGUUUGAAAGUGGGAUGACCUUUCCUGGAAUAGAGUCCUUCAACCUUGGCGAAUACUUUGAGGAUUAUAUGGAAGAUGAAUACAAUGAAAUGAUGGAAUGUGAUGAAAUUAAGGAAAUUAGAGAGGAGCACAAGAAAUUCAGAGAGUCUUUGGAGCUUCAGCUGCUGGAGUCCCUACGUGAGCUUAAAAAUAGCCAAAUGAAGACAGAAAAGGAAUUAGAGGAAGUGGCAGUAUGGUCCAGGAAAACAUCAGACAGCUCUACCACCACCACAAAAGACUGCUGGGACAUUGUUCCUUGGCAACCCAAUCACUGGACAACAUCUUACUCAUGUUCAUACACAUGUUACAAUCAUCGCCAUUAUAACUGUAACGUGGCAUGUGCAGGUUUCUAAAUGGUUUAGCAUAUUUAGCUUCUGUUGCAUACUCUAUAUACAGGGCUGUGCUGUAGUGCACAUCUGCACCUUUAGCAAUAUUUCAGCAAAAAAUCAAAAGCUCUCCUUGGAUUGGACUAAAGUUACCAUCAUGAGCCAUAAGUCAUGUUUUUUUUGUUAACAAGAGAUCCACUUGCUUCCUUUGCUGAUUAGUCAAUAAAUGAUUGUUGUCUGAAGUUUCUAUGGUUUUGCACUUGGGCUACGAUGCUAGUCUUGAUAACAAGUAAAGGAAGCUUAUCCUCCACCAAUCGGCACAGUGCAGAAGCCAAGCCUAAGUCGUUAUACACGCUCAAGCAAUAUCAGGUUAAGUAGAGCAAGCUUGCAGACUUGCCUUUGUGGUUUCUGAUAUUAUAUAUGUAUUGCUAUCUAUGACAAAAGUAAAAGUAAAGGCUUCAAAAAGGCCACUAUGAUUGCUGCAAUUAAAUUUGGCUCAUCAUACAAUAUCAGAUACCACAUAAGCAAGUUUUUUUCAGAUUUCUUGACAACCUGACACAGUUUGAGAGAAGUGUGAUGGCCUAGGCAUGCAGUUUGAAGCAUGUUAAUUGCUCAGAUAUAACCUUGCGGUACUUGUUAGCUAAUUAGCCUAAUAGCUCCAGUGCAAGAUUAAAGAAAAGCUUCAUUCAAUUCAAGGAGAGCACUUUUUCUUGAACUGUCCAUGUAAUUAUUUCCUGGCAUAGGUUCUUCAACAAGUGAAAAUAGAUAUAGCAAUGUAUAUAUUGUUAAUUGUUGGGUUCUUUUACUUAUAUAAUUACUUUCCAUUGUAUUUUAUUUGAUUGUAGUUCACAAUUUUACUUAAAACCCACAAACAAAAUAUCGCAACUGAAAAACGCACACAUCACAUUGGGAACAAAAAUUCCUCCUUAUUCUUAGGUUGAUUUAUUUAAAAUGAAUUCCCCAAUUGACUUGAACAGAUUCCACAUUCUUAAUCUGAUCUGAAGAGUGUGGAGUUGCCCAUUGUCCAGCAAGGAUCACUCCACACAGCAAAGGUUGGUGAUUCUUACACAUCAUCUGCACUGCAAGACUGUGUUCAACCAUCAGUUCAACACAUGGAUAAAAGACAUCAUCAUUGUGCUGUUCCUUUACACCACAGCCCUCUGGAGGAAUAUCAAGUUUGUCAACUGCCAGUGUGCAUCUUGAACACUGAGGAUAGCGUGCAUCACUGAAGGUCGUCCACUGGGCCUACAAGGAUUGUGGGUUAAUAUGGGUUAAAUAUGUUGCAAUUCUGUGGUUGUUACAGGCUAAACAUCGGUGAGUGUCUCAUUCACAAUGGAAAUCCACUUGUUAAAAAAGCUAAUUCAUUGAUUAGAUCAGUUUUGCAUUGUUUCCUCAGCCUCAACCAAUGAAAACCAGCAUAUCUCAGGACUGUGCAGCAUCACUGUUCUCUCAGCCAGUGGACAAUGCCAUGGUCUGGCUGGAAAAAACUCCAGUCCAGUCACUAAAACUUCUCAUAACAACGAGAGAGGCCUACCACUGUGACCAUACACAUGUUAUAGAGAUAUAGCUAGAUUCAUGUUCAUUAUCACCAUUACUAGAGCUUUACUUUGCUGCAGAAAGUGAGGCACUGUUGUGUAAAAAGCAUUUUUUAAGUGUAAAAAGGUAAACUGCCUUCUGCAGAACAGUGCCUCACUAACUGCAGCAUAGUAAAGAUCUGGUGAUGUGGUGAUAAAUAUUCAUCUAGCUGUAACUCCUACCUUGUUGCUGGUGCAGGUAGGCACUGUUCGGUGAAAAGCAGUUAUUAAUGUAAUUUUAAACAGUUCAUUUACAUGGAAAUGUGCAAUAAAGCCACUGAGUUUUCAAGCAGAGUAACAUAUUCAUCUCUUGUUGUUUGAGGAAAAACAAUUCCUUGGAGAAAAUAUAAAUGGCUUAAUUAAUCUGAAUUGUGUUUUUGUAGCCUAACAUUUUAUAUCGCAGGAACUAUCAUUUGUUCUACUCAUCUAUCCCACCAGCAGCCAAUGAUGUGGGCCUGGAGUCUCCGGUGGUAGGUUGUUUGUGUGAAUGAGGCGUCAUCAUUUGCUGACAUGUCUAAGUGACAAAAAUCUACUAAGAAAUAUUUUCAAGGUUAAAUAUGACCAUUCAAAGAUUUUGCAGUGUAUGAAAAACAUUGAUUGUAAAAUAAAAAGCCUUUUUAUAUGUAUGUAUAUAGACAGCAUGGUGCAAGAUUCCUGGAAUAUGUUUAUAGUAUGUCAAAAUGAAGAAUAACUAUAAUUUCAUAUUAUAUCAUUCAAUAUCAUUCAAAAUAUAGUAAAGCAUUUUUUACAGUGAAACAUUUUUUUUUCAAAUUCAGUGUUUUGACUGUAAUAUAAAAAUCACAUUAGUAGGUCUAACUUAGCUUUGAUAACAAGGUGUGUCCACGCAGUGACAAUCUCAUCUGCCACAGGUUCAGUGUGAUGAGGCUGUACAGUGUUAUUAGGCAAUUUGGCACACAAUAUAAAUACACAUCCUAAAGUGGGAUAUCUGUAAGAGCAGAAUGUAACUGAAAGUGUGUGGUUUUGACCUGAAAAAAAAAAAAAAAAUAAAAACAAUUAGCAUA